GAAAGCUUCACCUUCCGAUUCCAGCAGCCCAAUCGAGUCCAAUUUCGUAGCACUUUGUCUGUUUAUGCAUUUGAGAAAUGGUAUGUAACUUGGCGAAAGAGGUAAUAAUGCUCAAGGUUAUGCAUUUAUUUGAAUGUCAACAAAUAGCAGCCCCAAUGCUUCAUUAUCAUUGUCACUCUGCAAGUAGUAUCUAUCACCUCAUUUCCACUGGGGAAAGAUGAACGGGCCAACAUGUAGAUCUACGAUCUGAAUGUGAUUAUGUUGAAGUUAAGCUUUAAGUGCAGUAUUCCAUCCUCAGAGCCUGCAGGAGUUGGGCUGUUCAGACCUCUCCUUUCAUCAAUCAUAGAAUUAGGUUUUCUCUUUCAACGCUCCGUUUCGUAUUCUUUUUCAACAGCAGCAAAAUUUCCAGAGGGAUCAAGUGCUGAUGAUGCAUUGAUUGGCAAGCUUGCUGCAUACAGCUACCAAAGGGAUCUCCCAAGAGCCAUGGAUGCACUUUAUGCCAUGGAAAGACACAAGAUAUGGGCCAAUGCUGUUAUCUACACUGAGCUUAUAAAAUGCUGCGUGGCUCAACGUGCGGUCGAACAUGGUAAACAUGUCCACCAACACGUUUUUUCCAACGGGUAUGAGCCGAAGACGUUCUUACUCAAUGCAAUCCUCAACAUGUAUGUGAAAUUCAACAUGUUGGGCGAAGCACAAGCCCUGUUCGAUCAAAUGCCUGAGAGAAAUGUUGUCGCUUGGAGUACAAUCAUAUCUGCCUACUCUUCUUCUAACCUCAACUUCAAGGCUCUCAAGUUGUUGAUUCUCAUGUUGAGGGAUGGAGUCCAACCCAACAUGUACACUUACUCCUCUGUUCUUAGAUCAUGUGAUGCCAUUUCUAACCUCACGCCCCUCCAUUGCAGCAUCAUUAAGGUUGGGCUGGACUCUGAUGUCUUUGUUCGCAGUGCUCUUAUUGACGUCUAUGCCAAAAUGGGCCGACCGAAUAGUGCACUUGACAUCUUCGAUGAGAUGAAAACACAUGAUCGGGUGGUUUGGAACUCCAUUAUUGGUGGCUUUGCUCAAAACAGUGACGGAUAUGAAGCCUUGACUCUCUACAUAAGAAUGAAGCGAGCAGGUUUUCCGGCCGACCAGUCAACCCUAACCAGUAGCCUAAGAGCAUGUACCAGUUUGGCACUUUUAGAGGUCGGCAGGCAAUUCCAUGUUCAAGUUCUCAAGUUCCACCCAGACCUUAUCCUUCACAAUGCACUUCUUGACAUGUAUUGCAAGUGUGGCAGCGUGGACGAUGCUAACCGCACUUUUACUCAGAUGGCAGAGAGGGAUGUCAUCUCAUGGAGCACUAUGCUUAUGGGCUUGGCCCAGAAUGGUUUUAGCAAAGAAGCAUUAGAUCUAUUUGAGGAAAUGAAGAGCCAUGGAAGGGUGAAACCGAACCGCAUCACUGUCCUUGGAGUUCUAUUUGCUUGCAGCCAUGCAGGAAUGGUAGAAGAAGGGCAGUAUUACUUCAGGUCAAUGAAGAAGCUUUUUGGAAUCGAUCCGGGAACAGAGCACUACGGUUGCAUGGUUGAUCUCCUGGGAAGAGCCGGCAAGCUAGACGAAGCGGUGAAAUUAAUUCAUGAAAUGGAGUGCGAGCCUGACACUGUGACAUGGAGAACAUUGCUUGGUGCCUGCAGGCUACACCGGAACAUGGAUUUGGCCGAGUACGCCGUGAAACAAAUCAUCAAUAUAGACCCUUCUGAUGCCGGGACCUACAUAUUGCUUUCCAAUAUUUAUGCGCGAACCCAAAAAUGGGAAGAGGCUUCGAAUGUGAGAAGGACCAUGAGAAGCAAAGGAGUAAAGAAAGAACCGGGGUGUAGUUGGAUUGAGGUAAACAAGCAGAUUCAUGCCUUCAUUUUGGGAGAUAAGUCGCACCCGCAGAUAAACGAAAUUGAGAAAGAGCUGAAUAAGAUCAUUUCAAGAUUGAGAGAAGUGGGGUAUGUUCCUGAUACCAACUUUGUCUUGCAAGACCUUGAAGGUGAACAGAUGGAGGACUCGCUUCUCUGUCACAGCGAAAAGCUUGCAAUUGCGUAUGGCUUAAUGAGCUUGCCGAAAGAAAAGACCAUCAGGGUCAGAAAGAAUCUCAGGAUUUGUGGAGACUGUCAUUUAUUUGCGAAGCUCUUGACUAAGUUAGAGCGUCGAACCGUUGUUAUCAGAGAUCCAAUCCGCUACCACCAUUUUCAGGAUGGUGUUUGUUCUUGCAGUGACUACUGGUAGCAGAGAAAGAGAGAGAGAUAAAUGUCUGGAGGAAACACAAAGUUUGAUGAUGACAUGGAAUAUAGAGCGCGACGAUGGGACCCGCAAGAAUCAGCUGCAAACUAAGGAUCUCUUUGGAUAUGGACAGAAAAUGGUUGAGUCGGUCGUACAAUAUACGAGUAGUUCGGGA